UUUGUUUUAGGUUUUAAUUCUUUUUUUAAAUUAUAAUUAUUUUGUUUACCAACAUUAACCUUCAGAAGAAUUUUAAGUUAAAUCAGAAUGAAUGUGAUAGUUGCUGCAAAACAUUAUAUUACUAAGAUGAUUGAUGAUGCUGGACCUGGGAUGAAAGUUUUACUUAUGGACAAAGACACGACUGGCAUUGUGAGUAUGGUGUAUGCACAAAGUGAAAUUUUACAAAAAGAAGUCUUUCUUUUUGAACGGAUAGACUCACAAGGUAGAGAGGUGAUGAAGCAUUUAAAAGCUGUUAUUUUUGUCAGACCAAGUAAAGAGAAUACAGAAAGUUUGAAGAAAGAGUUGAAAUUUCCUAAGUAUGGUUCAUAUUAUUUGUAUUUCAGCAAUGUUCUAGCAAAAUCAUAUGUAAAACAGUUAGCUGAAUGCGAUGAUCAAGAGGUUGUUAAGGAAGUGCAGGAGUUUUAUGCAGACUAUUAUGCUGUCAGUCCACAUUUGUUUUCUUUAAACAUUGUUGGUUCAUCAAAGGGAAAGAACUGGGAUGCAGAUAAACAAGAGCGUACAACAGAUGGUAUCUUUGCUCUUUUGUUAUCAUUAAGAAAGAAACCUUUUAUACGCUAUCAACAAACAUCUCAAAUGUGCAAAAGAUUAGCAGAGAGUGUUAUGCAAAAAAUGUUACAAGAAAAAAGUUUGUUUGAUUUUCGUCAAUCAGAUACACCUUUGUUGCUGAUUGUUGAUAGAACAGAUGAUCCAGUAACUCCUUUACUAAACCAAUGGACAUACCAAUCUAUGGUUCAUGAACUUCUGGGUAUAAAAAAUAAUAGAAUUGAUCUGUCAACAAUACCUGGCAUCCAAAAAGAGUUAAAGGAAGUAGUUUUAUCAGCAGAACAUGAUGAUGUUUAUCGUGAUAAUAUGUACUUAAAUUUUGGUGAAAUAGCUGCUAAUAUCAAACGUCUGAUGGACGAUUUUCAAGUAAAUGCUAAAAGUAAUCAGAAGCUAGAAUCCAUUGCUGAUAUGAAGGCAUUUGUGGAAAACUAUCCACAGUUUCGCAAGAUGUCAGGAACUGUUUCCAAGCAUGUUACUGUUGUUAGUGAACUUUCAAGAUUAGUCAGUGAUCAUUGUUUACUAGAAGUCUCAGAACUGGAGCAAGACAUAGCGUGCAGAUCUGAUCAUGCUUUGCAUUUACAGAGCAUACGGAAACUUAUUUUAAACCAAAAAGUUCGUCAUAUAGAUGCAACACGUUUGGUUUUGUUAUACGCUCUUCGAUAUGAAAGAACUCCAAAUAAUGAAAUAAAAGCUUUGCGAAAUGAUUUGCAAAAAAGGGGUGUCGAUGAUCAACUUCUUAAGCUUGUUUUAAAUAUCAUAGAAUAUUGUGGGGCAACAGUUCGUGGUAGCGAUAUUUUUGGACAAAAUAAAAAUGCACUAGCAAUGACCAAAAAGUUUAUCAAAGGUUUAAAGGGAGUAGAGAAUAUUUACACUCAACAUAAACCUCACAUUCACGAUAUUCUUGAUGAUUUAAUUAAAGGAAAACUAUCAGAAAAACAAUAUCCUUACCUCAAUAAAGAUGAUAUAAGAGAAAAACCUCAAGAUAUUAUCAUUUUUAUUGUUGGUGGAUGCACUUAUGAAGAGAGUAUCACAGUAUUUGAGACAAAUCGUAAUAAUCCUGGUGUUCGUGUACUAUUAGGAGGGAGCACUGUGCAUAAUACAGAAAGCUUCCUUACAGAAGUUCGUGAAAGUACAUUACUAGCUUCAACGCCAUCUGUUUCUUACUCGACAAAUUCCCAAACUCAAUUAUCUGGAAUGACAUAAAGACGUAGUUUAGCAUUUAUAGAUAUAAAUGUCGGUUUUAAAAACCGUAACUCUCUUAUAUUUAUAAGCGGUAUUGUUUAUAGUUGUCUUGAUAUUAUUUAACACGAUAUUUUAUCGUUUUUUUCGUUUUUGCCCAUAAGGCUGAAAACUAAAAUAAUGUUUUCUUAACUAAAUAAUUCAAUAAUACAAAUAAGCAAUUUAAAAAAGCGAAGAAAGAAAUAAAGAAAGCAGUUCAGAGAUUUAUAACUUUGAUUUUGAUUAAUUGAUUUGCUCUUUGAGUAUCGAAUUUAGAGAUAUUUGAAAUUAUUUUUUCCUUGUUAUAAAUUUACCAUAAAAUCAGACAAUCUAAAUUUAUUAAAUGGCUGUAUUUUAUAAUUCUUUGAUAUUUAAGUUUCGAAGUAAUUAUUUUUAGAAGACCCAUUAUUGUUAACGGCAAUCGAAAAUUGUAACUUAAUAAAACUUUGUUUAUUUAUUUUUUAUACAGUAAUUAUAUUUUAUAUGUUAA